GACUGGCGCAUGCCACGGAGCGCCCCUCGGGCCGCCGCCGCUCCUGCCCGGGCCCCUGUUGUUGCUGCUGUCGCCUGCGCCUGCUGCCCCAACUCGGCGCCCGACUUCUUCAUGGUGUGCGGAGGUCAUGUUCGCUCCUUAGCCGGCAAACGACUUUUCUCCUCGCCUCCUCGCCCCGCAUGUUCAGGACCAAACGAUCUGCGCUCGUCCGGCGUCUCUGGAGGAGCCGUGCGCCCGGCGGCGAGGACGAGGAGGAGGGUGCGGGAGGAGGCGGAGGAGGAGGCGAACUGCGGGGAGAAGGGGCGACGGACGGACGGGCGCAUGGGGCUGGUGGCGGUGCCGGCAGGGCUGGCUGCUGCCUGGGCAAGGCGGUCCGCGGUGCCAAAGGUCACCACCAUCCCCACCCCCAGGCCACCGGCGCCGGCGCGGCCGGGGGCGCUGAGGCAGAUCUGAAGACACUCACGCACUCGGUGCUCAAGAAACUGAAGGAGCGGCAGCUGGAGCUGCUGCUCCAGGCCGUGGAGUCCCGCGGCGGUACGCGCACCGCGUGCCUCCUGCUGCCUGGCCGCCUGGACUGCAGGCUGGGCCCCGGGGCGCCCGCCAGCGCGCAACCAGCGCAGCCGGCCUCGUCUUACUCGCUCCCCCUCCUGCUGUGCAAAGUGUUCAGGUGGCCGGAUCUCAGGCAUUCCUCGGAAGUCAAGAGGCUGUGUUGCUGUGAAUCUUACGGGAAGAUCAACCCCGAGCUGGUGUGCUGCAACCCCCAUCAUCUUAGCCGACUCUGCGAACUAGAGUCUCCCCCCCCUCCUUACUCCAGAUACCCGAUGGAUUUUCUCAAACCAACUGCAGACUGUCCAGAUGCUGUGCCUUCCUCCGCUGAAACAGGGGGAACGAAUUAUCUGGCCCCUGGGGGGCUUUCAGAUUCCCAACUUCUUCUGGAGCCUGGGGAUCGGUCACACUGGUGCGUGGUGGCAUACUGGGAGGAGAAGACGAGAGUGGGGAGGCUCUACUGUGUCCAGGAGCCCUCCCUGGAUAUCUUCUAUGAUCUACCUCAGGGGAAUGGCUUUUGCCUCGGACAGCUCAAUUCGGACAACAAGAGUCAGCUGGUGCAGAAAGUGCGGAGCAAAAUCGGCUGUGGCAUCCAGCUGACGAGGGAGGUGGAUGGCGUGUGGGUGUACAACCGCAGCAGUUACCCCAUCUUCAUCAAGUCCGCCACACUGGACAACCCGGACUCCAGGACGCUGUUGGUGCACAAGGUGUUCCCCGGUUUCUCCAUCAAGGCUUUCGACUACGAGAAAGCGUACAGCCUGCAGCGGCCCAACGACCACGAGUUCAUGCAGCAGCCGUGGACGGGCUUUACCGUGCAGAUCAGCUUUGUGAAGGGCUGGGGCCAGUGCUACACCCGCCAGUUCAUCAGCAGCUGCCCAUGCUGGCUGGAGGUCAUCUUCAACAGCCGGUAGCCACUGGGGAGAGGCCGAGCGUGCCGAGCAGGCCACCAUUCAAACUACUUUGCUGCUAAUCUUUUCCUCCCGAGUGCUGGCUUUUCAUGCAAACUCUUUUAAUCAUUUUUUCCCCUAUUGUUGGUGGGGUAUUUUCUUUUCUUUGUUUUUUCUUCUUGUCCUUGUUUGUGUUUUUGUUUUGUUCUUUGAGAAAUAGCUUAUGAAAAGAAUUGUGUUUUUUUUGAAGGGGCAUGUGUGGUUGGCAGGACAGGUCACCCCAUGGGAAAGGGGAGGCAGAAGCGAGCACCUCCAAACAGUGUCUGAAUGGGGAGUAGUCCCUUCACAUUGGGGUCGGCAUCUCACUUGUCAGGAGGGUACAUUCGAGUGAGCGCGUGUCUUGAGUUUGUGUACAUGAACAGCAGAUGGGGGAGUCCACACAGCCUUUGUGUUCCUUAUGGAUGUCCCCAGCUGAGAGGUUUGCGGUUCCAAGCUGUGUGUCUCUUGUGCCCUUUGGACAUGCUCAAUGGGGCAGAGGCAGUACCUGGCCUGGCUGGUGGCAGGUGUCCCAGCAGCUGCCAGGAGCGAAGCUCUGCUCCAGCCUGCGGAAGCCCCUAUCCCGCCUCACCCCCUUUAGGACACGGGCCUAUCCACAGGCUUCUGAGAAGUGAGCCUGGUAGAGGCUGAACCAGAACCAAUUGUUUUCAUCCUUGUCUUACUCCCCUUCGCCACCCCGCUGCCACUGUAAUGUCUGUCUUUUUUGGCCAUCUGCUCCUGGAUUUCUGAGAUGGGCUUCCUGCGGGCUGCCGGGGCAGCCCCGUCACGUCACAGUAUUGCUCCCCCAGUGCCGUCUCAGGUCCUCGGCCUCUCCCACUGCCCUGGUUUAUCAGGUUUCUCCCAGACUUCCCAGGCCAGCUCAGCAUGUCCCUCCCUUCCCCUGCCAUCGCAGGGGCCUGCGUGCUGAGCUCUGUGAUCAGCCCAGUGAGGGGGCACCCGGGAGGGCCUGCUCAGGGGCCUUCUUUCCUCCCACCAGGAACAGUUUGAUCCAUCAUAACCCAAGGUACCACCCUAGGCUGACUCCUAACUCUUCUGUCAUUUCUUCUACAACUCAUACACUCGUAUGAUACUUUGACACUGUUCUUAGCUCAAUGAGCAUGUUUAGACUUUAACAUAAGCUAUUUUUCUAACUACAAAGGUUUAAAUGAACAAGAGAAGCAUUCUCAUUGGAAAUUUAGCAUUGUAGUGCUUUGAGAGAAAAAGGACUCCUGAAAAAAACCUGAGAUUUAUUAAAGAAAAAAAUGUAUUUUAUGUUAUAUAUAAAUAUAUUAUUACUUGUAAAUAUAAAGACGUUUUAUAAGCAUCAUUAUUUAUGUAUUGUGCAAUGUGUAUAAACAAGAAAAAUAAAAGAUGCACUUUGCUUUAAUAUAAAUGCAAAUAACAAAUGCCAAAUUAAAAAAGAUAAACACAAGAUUGGUGUUUUUUUCUAUGGGUGUUAUCACCUAGCUGAAUGUUUUUCUAAAGGAGUUUAUGUUCCAUUAAACAAUUUUUAAAAUGUAUACUUGA